CCGACUGCAGCUCCACGGCAAAGGGAUCGGACUGGAUUUGCCAAACUCCCCAUGUGACCCAAGCGUGGCCACCUGCCAAAGAGCCGGCGGGAGGGAGAGAAGGCCACUCGCCUUCCCGGCAACACAGACAUUUCCAAGCCCCGUCCCUGAAUGAAAGAGGCAGCUCAGGGCGUCCGAGGAGCCAUUUCCAGUGAGGAUUUGGCUUUGAUGAGAGCGGCUGUGGAGCCAGAGGGCUGGGUGCAGCGCCUCUUUGGGUAGCUCACCCAUCCUUCCCUGGGGGGCUGUGUCCUGAGGCCCUUGUGGUGCAUGAAGCCACUGCCUUCGCCAUCUGCUCCUGGAUCGUCCUCCCGGGACAUCAGGGAGUGCCGGAGGGUCUGCCUUGGCCGUCUGAUAAGGUCUGGCUGCGUGACUCAACUGUGCGUGUCCUCUAACGCCAGGACAGGGAUCCUGCCCGAGCUCAGCUGAACGGGAGCCAGAACCAAACUGCAGACAAGCGGCCCAGCUUUGCUUCUGGGCGUGGAGACCCGUGGCUGGGCAGGGAACAGAGUAUGUGGCCCAUAGCGAGCCUGCGGUGAACAUCCCUGCAGGGCGACUGCCGCAGAGAAGAGCUCCUGGCUCUCCUGAAGAAGCUUGGUCAUGAGCACCGACAGUAACUCUUUGGCACGUGAAUUUCUGACCGAUGUCAACCGGCUUUGCAAUGCAGUGGUCCAGCAGGUGGAGGCCCGGGAAGAGGAGGAGGAGGAGGAGGAAGAGGAGGAGACACACAUGGCAGCCCUUGGACAGUACCUUGUCCACGGCCGAGGAUUCCUCUUACUGACCAAGCUAAAUUCCACCAUUGACCAGGCGCUGACCUGCAGAGAGGAGCUCCUCACUCUUCUGCUGUCGCUCCUCCCGCUGGUGUGGAAGAUUCCUGUUCAGGAAGAAAGGGCGGCAGAUUUUAAUCUACCGUUCUCAGUUGAUAUAAUCCUGACCAAAGAAAAGAACUCAAGUUCACAAAGAUCUACUCAGGAAAAAUUAUAUUUAGAAGGCAGUGCUCCAUCGGGUCAGGUUUCUGCCAAAGUGAAAAGCAGACGACAGCGUAAAGCCACCCACCCCUGUUCCCUAAGAGAUGCAAGAAAGACGCAGCCCUCCACCUCAGGCUCAGAGGCCGACUCAGACGACAGGAGGCCCCGGCGGCCCCACCAGCUGCAGCCUCUUGUAGCCCAGGCUUCUAAAGAAGGCGCGCCUGCAGCUCACCCCAACCGCUUGUCAACCAGAGAACAGACCCCCCCUGAGACCAUGGCUUCGGGAAGUUUCCAAGAGAUGAUGCCCAGCCAGGAGGCAAACAUGGACAUUUUAAGCGAGCCAGCUGCCUUGUCUAUUAUCAGUCACAUGAGCAAUUCUCCCUUUGACUUAUGCCAUGUUCUGUUAUCUUUAUUAGAGAAAGUCUGUAAGUUUGACAUGAACUUGAAUCAUAAUUCUGCCCUGGCGGCCAGCGUCGUGCCCACGCUGACCGAGUUCCUCGCAGGCUUUGGGGACUGCUGUGACCUCGGCGACAACGCGGAGAGCCAGGUGGUUGCUGCAGGUUGGACUGAAGAGCCAGUGGCCUUGAUCCAACGGAUGCUUUUCCGGACAGUGUUGCAUCUCAUGUCAGUGGAUGUGAGUGCCGCAGGGACGAUGCCGGACAGUCUCAAAAAGAAUUUAACCGAGUUGCUCAGAGCAGCUUUAAAGAUUAGAACUUGCCUGGAAAAGCAGCCUGACCCCUUCGCCCCGAGACAGAAGACGACCCUGCAGGAGGUGCGGGAAGGCUUUGUGUUUUCCCGCUAUCGGCACCGAGCCCUCCUGUUGCCCGAGCUUCUGGAAGGGGUGCUGCAGCUCCUCACCUGCUGCCUCCACAGCGCAGCCUCAAACCCCUUCUUCUUCAGCCAAGCCAUGGACCUGGUUCAGGAGUUCAUCCAGCACCACGGGUUCCACUUGUUCGAGACGGCAGUCCUGCAAACGGAGUGGCUGGUCUUAAGAGACGGCGUCCCUGCCGAGGCCUCGGAACGUCUGCGAGCCCUGAUAAGCGGCGUGCUGAAGAUCAUGAGCACCGUCAAAAAGGUGAAGUCGGAGCAGCUCCACCACUCCAUGUGCACCAGGAAGAGGCACAGGCGCUGUGAAUAUUCCCACUUUAUGCGUCACCACCGAGAUCUCUCGGGGCUCCUGGUCUCGGCUUUUAAAAACCAGGUUUCCAAAAACCCCUUCGAGGAGACCCCGGACGGCGCCGUGCACUACCCCGAGCGGUGCUGCUGCCUGGCCGUGUGCGCGCACCAGUGCCUGCGCCUGCUGCAGCAGGCCUCCCUGAGCAGCACGUGCGUGCAGGUCCUGGCCGGCGUCCAGGACGUGGGGCUGUGCUGCUGCAUGGACCCCAAGUCUGUCAUCGUCCCUUUGCUCCACGCCUUUAAGUUGCCGGCACUGAAGAAUUUCCAGCAGCAGAUAUUGAAUGUCCUAAGCAGACUUAUUUUAGAUCAGUUAGGAGGCGCCGAGAUGCCGCCAAGAAUGAAAAAGGCAGCUUGCAAUAUUUGUACCGUUGACUCUGAUCAACUGGCCAAAUUAGAAGAAACGCUGCAGGGGCCUGCGCGCGACGAGGAGCCUUCCUGGGGUCUGCCCAGCCCCUACAGGUGCCCCGGGAUCCUGCCCAGCAGCGGCUCUGAGGACUCGUUGUGGAGAUGGGAUGCCUUAGAGGCGUAUCAGAAUUUCGUGUUUGAAGAAGGCAGGUUACAUAGUGUGCAGAUCGCAAACCACAUUUGCAGUUUAAUGCAGAAAGGCAAUGUGGUGGUUCGCUGGAAAUUGUAUAAUUACAUCUUCAACCCUGUGCUCCAGAGAGGAGUAGAACUGGCCCAUCACUGCCAGCACCCUGGCGUUCCUCCAGCCCAGACUCACCUGUGUGGCCGUCAGAACCAGUGCUUGCCUCACGAAGUGCUUCAGGUUUAUUUAAAAACGCUGCCGUCCCUACUGAAGUCAAGGGUAAUAAGAGAUUUGUUUUUAAGUUGUAAUGGAGUAAGUCAAAUAAUUGAACUAAAUUACUUAGAUGGUAUCCGAGGUCAUUCCCUAAAAGCAUUUGAAACUCUGAUAAUCAGCCUUGGGGAGCAACAGACAGACUCUUCGAUUCCAGGGAGUGAUGGGCUAGAUGGGGAACCGAAGGAGCCAGCAUCCUUCCAUGCAGGCACCUCUGUCCACAGCCAGCAGGCGUUCUCAGACUCUCCUCAGAGUCUCAGCAAGUUCUACGCCAGCCUCAGAGAAGCCCACCCGAAGAGACGCAAGUCCGCCCCCCACGACGCCCACCUCCACACGAUCAACCUCUUCCUCUGCGUGGCGUUCCUGUGUGUCAGCAAAGAGGCCGACUCCGACGGGGAGUCCGCCAACGAUUCGGAGGACACCUCCGGCUACGACAGCACGGCCAGCGAGCCCCUGCGCCAGGAGCUGCCCUGCCUGCCUCUGGAGAGCCUGGUCUUGCCACCGCCCGAGCGCAUGCACCAGGCGGCCGACAUCUGGUCCAUGUGUCGCUGGAUCUACAUGCUGAGCCCAGCUUUCCAGAAGCAGCUCUGCAGGCUGGGCGGGGUCCGGGUGUGCCAUAAGCUGAUCUUCAUGAUCAUCCAGAGGCUGUUCCGGGGUCCCGACGAGGAGCACGGGAAGAAGGAGGACCAGGAGCCACUGAGAACUGCCCACGUGGAGGUCGCUGUGGAGGAGGACUCGGGCUCUUCGGCUGUGAGAAGCGCCCCCUCCCCAUCCGGCCCGGGCGGUCCAGAGGGGAGUGCUGGCAGUGUAGGUGCAUCAGAGUCACGUGCUGCUUCCACAAACGGGGGUCCGAUUCCCGCUGCUGGAGCUGCUCCUGAGGAAGCAAAGGGGCCUGCAAGUCGAGCAAGUGAUGCCUCACUUCAGAGCAUCCGACUGCUGGAAGCCCUUCUGGCCAUCUGUCUGCACGGCACCAGAGCUAGUCAGCACCGGGCGGAAUUGGAGCCAUCCGGCCAGAACUUGUCUGUGGAAAAUAUAUUGUUUGAAAUGAGGGACCAUCUUUCCCGGUCAAAGGUGAUUGAGACGGAAUUGGCAAAACCUUUAUUCGAUGCCCUGCUCCGAGUUGCGCUGGGGAAUCACGCGGCAGAUUUUGAACACAGUGAUGCUGUGACUGAGAAGAGUCCUCAGUCUGAAGAAGAAUUGUCAUCCCAACCUGGCGAGUUUUCAGAAGAAGCGGAGGAUACUACCUGUUGUGGUUUUAAACUUCUGGUUGAAGAAGAAGGUUAUGAAGCCGAUAGUGAGAGCAAUUCUGAGGACAGUGAAGCCCAGGAUGAUGGGGUAGACGUGAAGCCCGAAGCGGAAGGUUUCAUUGCAUUAAGCAGUCCAAAUGACUUACUUGAAAACCUCACUCAGGGAGAAAUAAUCUAUCCUGAGAUUUGCAUGCUGGAAUUAAAUUUGCUUUCUACUAGUAAAGCCAAAUUUGAUGUGCUUGCCCACGUAUUUGAGAGUUUUUUGAAAAUCAUCAGGCAGAAAGAAAAGAAUAUUUUUCUGCUCAUUCAACAGGGAACUGUGAAAAAUCUUUUAGGAGGGUUCUUGAGUAUUUUAACACAGGCUGAUUCUGAUUUUCAAGCGUGCCAGAGAGGACUGGUGGAUCUGUUGGUAUCUUUGAUGAGCUCAAGAACAUGUUCGGAAGAGCUAACCCUUCUUUUGAGAAUAUUUCUGGAGAAAUCUCCUUGUACAGAAAUUCUUCUCCAGGGUAUUCUGAAAAUUGUCGAAAGUGAUGUUGCUGUGAGCCCUUUACAGUAUCUGACCUUCCCUUUCCUACACACUCUGAAUUUAAGCAAUGGUGUUUCAUCACCAAAGUGUCCUGGGAUUCUCAGCAGUAAGGCCAUGGGCUUGUUGAGAAGAGCACGUGUGUCCUGGAGCAGGAAGGAAGUGGACAGUGACAGCGUCCCCCAGCAGCUGCUGUCCUCCUGGCACGUGGCCCCCGUGCACCUGCCUCUGCUGGGCCAGAACUGCUGGCCACACCUCUCGGAGGGGUUCAGCGUCUCACUGUGGUUCAACGUGGAGUGUGUCCAUGAAGCCGAGAGUUGCUCAGAAAACCGAAGGAAGAUCAGGAAAAGAAAGAAGUCGUCAAGUUUACGAGAUAGUAGUUUUGAUGGAGCAGAGAACGACGGGCCAGAAGGUGCAGAGCACACACAUCCUGGUGAGAGACUCCUAGAGGGAGGCUGCAUUCACCUGGUUUCAUUGGGAUCCAAAGCGCUGAUGAUCCAAGUGUGGGCUGAGCCCCUCACUGGCACCUUCAUCUUUCGCCUGUGUGUGGAUUCAAAUGAUGAUGCAAAAGCUAUUUUACUAGCUCAGGCGGAAUCACUGGAGAAUGUUUUCCUCCCAAGAAAAUGGCAGCAUUUAGUGCUCACCUACUUCCAGCAGCCCCAGGGGAAAAAGAAUCUUCAUGGGGAAAUCUCCAUGUGGGUCUCUGGACAGAGGAAACCUGAUGUUACUUUGGAUUUUAUGCUUCCAAGAAAAACAAGUUUGUCAUCAGAUAGCAAUAAGACAUUCUGCAUGAUCGGCCACAGUUUAUCAUCCCAAGAGGAGUUUUUGCCGUUGGCUGGAAAAUGGCACCUGGGAAAUUUGCUCCUCUUCAACGGGGCUAAGGUUGGUUCCCAAGAGGCCUUCUACCUCUAUGCCUGCGGACCCAGCCACACCUCCAUCAUGCCCUGUAAACACGGCACGCCUGCGAGUGACUACUCCAAAUACAUCAAUAAAGACAUUUUGCAAUGUGACCAAAUCAGAGAGCUUUUUAUGACCAAGAAAGAUGUGGACAUUGGUCUCUUAAUUGAAAGCCUUUCGGUUGUCUACACAUCGAGCUGCCCUGCUCAGUACACCAUCUACGAGCCGGUCAUUAGACUUAAAGGUCAGGCGAGAGCCCCGCUCUCCCAGAGGCCCUUCAGCUCGAAGGACGUGCAGAGCGUCUCGCUGGAACCCCACCAGCUGAGGAGCCUGCGGCCCGCUCACUGUGAGACUCUCCAGGGCGUCCUGCACGAGAUCGGGGGCACCGGGAUCUUCGUCUUUCUCUUCGCCAGGGUUGUGGAACUCAGUAGCUGUGAAGAAACGCAAGCGUUAGCACUGCGAGUUAUACUCUCGCUAAUUAGGUACAACCAGCAGAGAAUACAGGAGCUAGAGAACUGCCAUGGGCUCUCCAUGAUUCAUCAGGUGCUGAUCAAACCAAAAUGCACUGUUGGCUUUCACAUCCUGAAGACCCUCCUGGAAGGUUGCUGUGGUGAAGAGAUUCUUCAUGUCGAUGAGAACGGAGAGUUCACGUUAGAUGUGGAGUCGAAGGCUCUCAUCCAAGAUGUCAAACUGCUCGAGGAGCUGCUGCUCGACUGGAAGGUCUGGAGGAAAGCAGAGCCAGGUGUGUGGGAGGCGCUGCUGGCGGCCCUGGAAGUGCUCAUCCGGGCAGACCACCCGCAGCAGAUGUUCAAUGUCAAGCAGCUGCUGCGAGCGCGAGCCGUUCAUCACUUCCUGCUGACUUGUCAGGUUCUGCAGGAACACAAAGAGGGGCAGCUUACCUCCAUGCCCCGAGAGGUUUGUAGAUCAUUUGUGAAAAUUAUAGCAGAAGUCCUUGGAUCUCCUCCAGAUUUGGAAUUAUUGACAAUUAUCUUCAAUUUCCUUUUAGCAGUUCACCCUCCUACUAAUACUUACAUUUGUCACAACCCAACAAACUUCUACUUUUCUUUGCACAUAGGUAGGUAUGAUCAUUGUUGUUAGACCUUGGCU